AUGAGUGAAAUAAUAAAUAUCCCAUCUAUACAGAUGGUUGGUCACAGAGCUUUUAGAGGUUUAUAUCCAGAAAACACUUUGAUAGCAUUUAAUAAAGCAUACGAAGCUAAUGUAGACAUUAUUGAAACUGAUCUGCAAAUGACACUUGAUGGUGUCAUUGUUAUAAAUCAUGAUUCCGAUACUGGUAGAACAUGGGAUAAAAAUUUAGUGAUAUCCGAAUCCACAUGGGAUCAACUCAGAACUUUGAAAAAUAAGUCUGAUCCCUCUCAAAGAAUGAUGACUUUAAAAGAUAUGUUAUUUUGGUCUUUAGAACAUCCAAAUUGUCAGUUAAUGCUCGAUAUCAAAUUCACCAAUGACAAAUUGAUUCUUUUACGGAUUUACUCUGAACUUCUUGAUGUUAAAAAUGAUCUCGAUUUCUGGAGAUCAAAACUGAUUUGGGGAGUUUGGCUUCUGGAUUGGUUUGAAUUUGGUGUUCAAACUAAUGUUUUUAAAGAUUUCAAAAUCAUUGUUAUCACUAUGUCACUCGAUAUUGUCAACCAAUUUAUCGAUUAUUCAAAUAAAUUAAAUAAUCCACAUUAUAAACUCUAUGGGAUUAGUGUUCAUUUCAUUUCAACUUGGACUCAAUAUUUUAGAGACAUUAUGGUCUCAGUUUUACUUGAGAAGGACGUUAAAUUGUUUCUAUGGACUAUUAACAAUAAGAUCGACUUCAAAUAUAUUGUUGGCCUGCCUGUAUAUGGCACCGUGACAGAUAAUAUCAUAACUACUAAAAAAUAUAUUAUUGAAGUUUAUAAAGAGCAUGAUUCUCUACAAAGAAAACCUGAGCAAGAUGACGUAAAUAGAUCAUUGUUAGGAAAAUAUUAUACUCCUGUAUGGAAUUCAUGGGAAGGAGUCAGAUUUUAUACUUAUACUAAAAUAUACAGAUUUGUUGCUGUUUUAGCAUGUUCGGAAUGGGUUGAUAAGGAAAUAUUAGGGAUAUCCUUUGCUUGCUUGCUAUUUAAAUUACUAAAAUUGAUUCAUUUCUUUUAA